AUUCAGAUCAGAUCUUUAUUUGUAGAACUAUCUAUGGCAGAAGGAUGUGGAUCAUUUUAAUCUGUAUGGUGAUUAUCCUCAGUGAGGAACUGUGUCGGAGGAAUGCAGCCAUCAUUGUUAGUGAUUUUACCCUUUUUGCCAGCUGUACACGUCACAACAUCCUCUCUCUGGUGCAGUUGGAAAUGCACCAUUGCUGCAUCAUUCCGCUUUCUCUUUAAUAAUUAUAGGUUGCCCACGAGACCAUAAUAGGCUAUAUUUCAAUCAUGGUCGACGAUGUUCCACCGAUUAUAAAUAUUUCUAUUGCUCUAAAAAUUCAACCGAAUGAUGGACCGGUGUUUUUCAAGGUGGAUGGGACCAGAUUCGGCCAGAGCAGGACAAUAAAAUUGCUUACAGGGUCGAAGUAUAAGGUUGAGGUGGUUAUGAAGCCGGCCAAUGCUGAUGCCGCCACCAUGAACAUCGGAGGUAUCACCAUCCCCCUAGAGCAGCAGUCCAAAGAUGAGGAGUCAGUGGUGUACCAUGGACAUUAUGACACAGAGGGAGUGCCUCACACUAAGAGUGGGGACAGGCAACCUGUCCAAGUCAGCAUAGAGUUUGGAAAGGCGGGCCAAUUCGAGACAAUAUGGCAAGUAAAGUACUAUAACUACUACAAGCGAGACCAAUGCCAGUUUGGGAACAAAUUCACCAAUAUCGAGUACGAAUGCAAGCCCAAUGAGACGCGCAGCCUGAUGUGGAUCAACAAAGAGGCGUUCAAUUGAGGAACACCAAUCAACUCAUUCUUCCAAUACCCAGUAACGGAAGAAAAACAAGCAGAGGAGAUGCGUUGCACACAAUGACUCUUUUACCAUCAACUUAAGAGGGAAAAGCCUUACCGAAGGCAUGUGUUUCAAGUCACUGAGCACCAUAAUUGUCUGUUUUAGAGAGAGGGGGGGGCAGUUAUCUACCAGUCUGAUCUCGGGGGUUGUUCUUGAUUGGUUUUUAUCAAGACACGUAGUCAGGUUGUUAUCAGCAAUAUCAUUGGGAACCACAGCUAUACAACAUUCGCUGGGUUGACUCUCAGCUCUGGUCACACGAGCUGAAGCUGUGGCACUCCUGGACCAGGAUUGAAGACAGUUGCGGGUGAAAUGUAUAUAACCCGAUUUAUUACGUGUGAGGUGUGUGUGAUGUGAGUUAUAUGAAUAAAUGUACAUAUUUGUGUUAUCCUAUGUGUUAGUUCUAGUGUUGUUUAAGCCUUUGAACAGCUGUCUACUUCUGAACAGCAUAAUUGUGAUUAGCCUAUAAAGGGGUGAGACAGUUUGUUUGUUGUUAAAACUUCUAUAUUAUUUAUGGAGAUAUUCAUAUUCUAUAAUCUAUUAACGGCUUCUAUUCUUGUAAUGUUGUGGAUCACCAUCAUUGUUUUGUCUCAGUUUUGUCUGUAAAUGCAUGGCUGAAUAAUCCUAUGCCUAAAGGUUUUGUUCUUCAGAUGCAAAAUGAUAUCAGAUUGCCUAAAAUGUUCAAUUCUGUUAUAUAUGUAAUUGAAAAGUGGAAGUAAAUAAACCCAUACCAGUUA